UUGUCCGUCCUGCUGAUUACAGACAUGUUUUAUUUUAUUAGCAGGCUACAGUGCACCACUUCCAGAUGCAGGUACCCCGUGCGCAUGCGACUGACAAGCAAAAAGUUAUAUCCUGUAUUCUUUUCGGGUGCAUGUGUGCUGGAAGGAAACUGUUUGCACUACCGCCCACCCGUCCGGAAUAGCUUUUGUCUUCAGCAUCAAGUAUCAACAAGCAAGUGACCGACGGGCAACGCCGGGUUACAAAACAAGCCCUCUCUCCGACCAACGACUGGAGAGCUAACGAGAAUAGCGCAGAAGCUAAAUAGCAAACCUGAAAUGGCGACGGCAAUAUACUUGGAACAUUACCUUGACAGUAUUGAAAACCUACCAUGUGAGCUACAGAGGAACUUCACUUUGAUGCGGGACCUGGACAACAGGACCGAAGAAAAGAAAGGAGAGAUUGAUAAACUGGCGGAAGAGUACAUUGUGAAUGUGAAGAAUCUGGCCUCAGAGCAGAGAGUGGAGCAUCUGCAGAAGAUCCAAAGUGCUUUCAGCAAAUGCAAAGAGUUCAGUGAUGACAAAGUUCAGCUUGCAAUGCAGACCUACGAAAUGGUGGACAAACAUAUUCGCAGACUGGAUGCUGAUCUUGCAAGAUUUGAAAAUGAAUUGAAGGAGAAACUGGAAGUGAGUGGUUAUGAAAGCACCGAUGGAAGAGCACUGAAAAAAGCAGAGUCCAGGGGGCUCCGGGAGAAACGUGGGUCUAGGGGAAGAGGAAGGAAAGGUUCUGAUGAAGACUCUCCCCGAAAGAAGAUAAAGAAAAACAGCCCAGACUUGAGUGACGCUCUCCUGCCUAUGCAGCCAUCAGAUGUUCUGGACAUGCCAGUUGAUCCGAAUGAACCUACAUAUUGCCUGUGCCAUCAGGUGUCCUAUGGAGAGAUGAUUGGAUGUGAUAAUCCUGAUUGUCCAAUUGAGUGGUUUCACUUUGCUUGUGUAGAUCUCACCACAAAACCCAAAGGAAAAUGGUUUUGUCCAAGAUGCACCCAGGACAGGAAGAAAAAAUAAGAUUUAUAUUCAUAAAUGCUUAACUAAUAAUGUAUUUUUGGUGUAGCUUAAUAGUGUAACAUAUAUAAAUAUAUAUAUUUCAGUUACAAAUACUCUUUAUAGAAAUGAUGGAUCGUACAACUUUGUUUUAAGUCCCAAUCCAGAUUCGGAGUACACUUGUGGCACAAUUAUUCCCCUUUUAUUGACUUAAUCUGAUAGUUCACCUGUGUAUUUGUCUACUCUGGGUAAAUUGGACUUGACAAUAGAGUUAAGUAGCACAAAUUAUUACAAAGUCAUGAAGUGUAUAAUAGUGCAGAAAUCUUGGAUUGUGGCUUUAGGAUACUUGAAUUGUCAAUUUAUAUAUAAUUUUUUUUUUCUUUUAAAGAAAUGAACAGCCUGCUGAGAAUUUACAAUUUUUAGAAAACAUCUAAUUCCUCACCAGAACAGAGACAGUAAGAGGAAUUUUGUUUCAUAUUUUCAUUUACCUACCUCCUUAAGGAAUACAUCAGCACUGCAUACAUGACUGCAAUUGAUACUGGUGUAAAAUGUUUUUGAUUAGCUGAAACCAAACAAACAAAAUCAUGUAAAUUCAGUCUUUACUGAUAUUUUUUUAAACUGCGACCUUUUUGAAUGUAUUGUGGUACUAAUGGUCAGUCAGUCAGUGUCUCUUGUCAACUGAAUGAGGUAUUUAAGCACUUUGAAAGAAAUUUUCCCCUGAAGAGGUUUGAUACUGCAGGCUUGGUUUUAUUCUAGUUUGUCUCAUUUAAAACUUUGCCAUAGUAUGUCACUUCAAACCAUAUGAAUAUAUAUAUAUAUUUUGUAUAAUAUGAGACAAUAUUUUGUGGACAGUUUUUUUUCCAAAGAUAUAUUUGUUGUUGUAUUACUUACUGGUGAAAGUCAAAUUUUAUUUAAUAGGAUUUUAGCAUCUUCUUUCAUAUUCAACUGUGAAUAUCACUCAUUUAGGUGUAAGCCACAAAUAAAGAGCCAAAGUCUUUGUAUUUUGUAAAUUCAGUAUUUUUUAACAAAUAAAUAUACAUUAUUCCACUA